UGCAGCAGCAGGUAGUUUCAUUCAGUCCGCUUCAGAAUUCCGGACGGAGUUAACGGCUUUCUUAUCAUGGACCUGGCUUUGAUUUCACCCGUUUUACAGCUCAGAAACGGAUAAAAAGCAACGUAAGCGUCUGUUUUUUUGUAUUUCCUCCUUAACGUCGACUCCAGUUUGGAUUUUACCCUCCAGCGGUCCGAUUUUAGCAGCUUGAAGUUGGUUCUCCUUCACCAUAUGUGGGAAUGUGAACUUCUCUCAUGGAUGCCGAUACACUGUUGGAGUACUUACACACAUUUUCCUGAUUUUCUGGGAGUCGAAAUAGUGGACUACGCUCGCUUCUUAUUGUGAAAACUAUCUGUGAAUAAAUCCAUGUUCGCCAUGUUUAUGUAGAAGCUGAAAAAACGUUAAAAAUAAUGAUUUCGGAGGAGAGAAGCAGCCACGUAAAUAAACAAACCCUGAACUUUCCCGUGGGUUUACUCAUCCGCUCUCCCAAAAGGCGCCUGGCCAAACUGGGAAGGAAACCCAGCAAUGGAUCUGUCCAGUCCAACAACUCGAACAGCACUGUCCGCUCUGCUGAGAGCGUUGGCGUCCGGCAGCCAGCCAAGAGCAAAAUCCGCCGCCACAACAACAGGUUUUCCACUGUGUUCAACCAAAGCCCCGACCUGAGAGACGGUGGACGGCAUGUCCAGGUGGCGAGUGGUAGUGGCGGGAGCUUGUCUGGAGACCUCCAGGUUGUGGACGACCCAGCUGAGCUAUCCAGCCAAAUGUCCAUUCCUGGUAUCCUGAAGAUCUUUGGCAGUGACAUCUGCCAGGGGACCAACUACAAGAGUGUGCUGGCUACCACUCAGUCCAGUGCAAAGGAGCUGGUGAAGCAGGCCUUGGAAAGGUACUGUCUGGAAAAAGAAGACCCCAACAACUACGUGCUGUGCGACGUUAUUGGCCAGAUGGGGGCUGAUAACCAGUGGAAGAGAGAGUGCUUUAGGGUUGUGGGUGACAGCGAGAGGCCCCUGAUGCUGCAGUCGCUGUGGAAGCCGAAGGAUGGCUUCUCCAGGCGUUUUGAGAUCCAGCUGCGGGCGAGCGUGGAAGAGCAAAGUUUAAAGGACAGGGACACGAUCACAGCAG